AUGGCCGAGCAUCCAGCGGACAAGAGCCGCAAGGUCGAUGUCGAGCCAAUGGCCUCAAGCGAAGACUCAAUUGCGCAUGGGACUGUGAUGGAUGCAGAUGACGACUUGCUCCGACACAUUGGAUACAAACAAGAAUUUCGGCGCGAAUUCACCAGAAUGUCUACGCUUUCCUAUGCUAUCUCCAUUAUGGGAGUCUUGGGCUCAGUCCCUGCCUCUUGGUCCUCCCCACUCGCUGCUGGUGGCCCGGCCACUGCGAUAUGGUGUUGGUUUUCCGGUUCUUUUUUUGCAUUGUGCAUUGCACUUUCCAUUGCCGAGCUUGUGUCCGCAUAUCCCACCUCGGGCGGAAUGUACUUCGUCACCAAGCAUGUCUUUCCAGGGGACAAGGUACCCUUGGCUGCCUGGGUGAUUGGAUGGAGCAACUUCCUCGGACAGACCGCAGGCGUUGCAAGCGUUGGGUAUUCCGUUGGCCAGAUGAUCCUCGCCGCUGCGGCCAUGGGCUCUGUGCAAGAAGAUGGCACAUUCUCCUAUACCCCGACGGCCGAACAUACGGUUGCUCUAAGCAUUGCUAUCCUCAUCUGUCACGGAAUCAUCUGCUCUUUCCCGUCAAAGACACUCAGCCAGCUUAUUCGAUGGUUUGCCCCUAUCAACAUUCUCGGCUCGGUGGCGGUGACCAUUGCUCUUCUCGUCCUUACCGAUAACAAACAUUCAGCAAGCUAUGUCUUUGGACAUGUCUCUGAUGGCUCGGGCUGGGGAAGUCGCGGCUUUUCAUACCUGAUCGGUUAUCUGUCCGUCGCGUGGACAAUGACGGACUACGAUGCCACAGCUCAUAUCAGCGAAGAAUUGCACAAUGCAGCCAUUAGUGGGCCUGUGGCCAUAUUCCAGGCGGUCCUGGUCACAUGGGUCGUCGGCGUGAUGCUCAAUAUCGCUCUGGGAUUCUGUGCCGGCAACGUGCUUGAUACUUUGGCGUCUCCCCUGGGCAACCCAGCAGCACAAGUCUUCUUCAACGCGGCAGGGAAGAAAACCGGCUUAGCACUGUGGUUCUGGCCCAUCUUGAUCCAGUUCUUUACCGGAAUCACUGCCAUGCUUGCAGAUACACGUACCUGUUUUGCACUCGCUCGAGACGAAGCUCUGCCUCUUUCACGACAUCUCAAGAAGAUGAACAAGUAUACCCAGACACCACUGUUCAGCGUCUGGGCCGUGGUCAUCUUCUGCUGCUGCCUCAACCUCAUUGCCCUCGGCAGCGUCCAGACGAUCAACGGCAUCUUUGGUGUCACGGCGCCGGCGAUGGAUCUGUCCUACAUCGCCGUCAUUGCAGGGCGCCUGUAUUACGAGAACAAGCAUCCCAUUGCGAAGGGUCCCUUUCAGCUGGGCAGGUGGCAGAAGCCAAUCAACUAUAUCGCCAUCGUGUGGACCCUCUUCAUUUCCGUCAUUCUCUUCUUCCCGCCGGCGAACCCUGUGACGGCUGCGAACAUGAACUACGCUGUCGUCAUUGCUGGGUUCAUUGCACUGUUUGCCCUCUGUUGGUGGUACCUGGGUGCGAAGAAGCACUACGUUGGCCCGAGGACUGAAGAUCAGUAUCAUUCGCAUGACGAUCCAGUCACUGGUCUGAAGACUGCUUGA